AUGCGGUUGGGACUUCAGGAGAGUACUCCUGCCCCGGCAGCAGCAACUCAUUCCAACACCCCCGGCUUCCCGGAGUUGGCAAAUACCUUCUUGCACAACGCUCUCCCCGGUUACCCGGCCGCGCUGUGCCAGCUCUUCGGUGCCGCCUCCCUCACGCCCUUCAGCCCCAAACCCGCGUCUCUCCGCCGCCACCUCCCGCGGCGGCCGGGAGCCGCGGGGAGGCCGCGAGCGGAGAGGCCUGGUGAGAGGAGAGCUCGGCCCGGACACACAGCGGCGCUGAGGGGAGAGAGGCCGAGCCUGGGCCGUUCCCGGGAGGAGGCUGCGGAGACGAGCGGGAGGGCUGCGGUUCGUGGCGGUGGAGCCGUUUGGUGGCGCGGAGGCCUCCACCCGGAGGUGCGCGGGGCCGGGACCCCGCCUCAGGCCGGCCAUGGCCGCCUCGACCCCGCGACGCCGCCCGCCUCAGGCCGCCUCAGGCCGCCGAGACCCUACAGCGGAAGGGGCGGGUUUCCCCUCCUGAGUGACAAGAGGGACGGCCAAUCAGAGGGCGGGGCUCGCUGUGUGGCGGGCGGUUGCCACGGCAACGGCAGGAGACGGCGGCAGGAUUUUGAGAUGUUACACCAAGCAACUGCAAAUGAAGAUGUCUCCAAGUUCCCAGAGAUGCCUUCAAUAGACAAACCUGGGAGAGGAAGGAAUUACUGUAGAAAGGACCCAUUUUGACACUUGAUAGUUGAUGAACGCGACACACCACAGAUAGAUAUACAUAUAUAUUGCAUGUUCGGAACACUCAGGGUACACUGCUCACCCCCUGGCAGUAGAGAGGGAUUCCUCCUUGAUUAUCUUCCAGAAUCCUUUCUGCAUUUCCCAGAGUUUCUCGAAAAGUCCACCAAUACAGUUCAAAAUCGUUAAUAGUAAAACUUUGCAAUCUAAAAUAUUCUACCAAGGUGACACAACAUGGACAAAUCGCAGAAUACAGCUGUGGGAAACUCAAUAAUUAAGAUCAUUACUCAGUAAUUGUUUAUUUAGUAGAGUGAGAUUAUUUUGCGUAGGGAGUGCUGCCGGACCCAUUCCGGUGGGCUUCACACAUCAGGGUUUUUCUAAUCCAUUUUUUGUAAUCCAUUUCCAUAACAAGCACAGAUCUCUGGGGAAAAGGGGGGGAAAAGGAAUGUGGAAGAAAUGUAGUUCCAGAACUGGGCUUGGAAAUGGGUGACGUGGGUAUAAGCAACGAGUAAGUGUUCAUUUUCCCUUUACACCUUGAAUCUGCUCUGUAUCGGAGGGGAAAUGUGAACACAAAACCCUUCUCUCCAGGCAGUAUCACACACGCUUUCCCACGUUGUAUUUACAUCACAAAAAAAACCCAAACCAAACCUGAAAAAGCAAAACUGGCAAAAGAGGAAAGAACUACGUCAGGAAAACACAAAGCCAGGAAACUUUAAUGGCUUGUUCCCAGGUAAUGAGUUGUCUCGGUUUCUUUUUAAAUUGGCUAUUAAAAUUCUCUUACCAUAACGGGGAAAACACCGGAGAGAUGAGGUCUCGUAAAACUCUUUAACACAGGUUACUGAUCAGUCUGAAUCUAGUACAUUAAUGGACUUAAAUUAGUCCUUUGAAAAAAUUUUAAUUACCUUGUUCUUGGUACGUCUCAUUUCUUGCAUUUCUCAAUUUGCAGGCCUGAGUGCAAGGGACAGGCUAAUGCCUUUUUCUCAUGUCAAAAAAAAAAAGAAAAAGAAAAAAAUAGAAAACUGAGAGGCAGAAAAGAGAUAUAUAUUUUUUUUUUCUAUAUAUAAACACACAGAGAGUCUCUUACCAGUAACUGAGCUGCUCAGGAGCCACUCCUUUACUCACCCCCUCCUGCUGACUCCACUGUGCACACCUCACAUUUAUAGUGUGAGCCAUUUCUGGUAUUUGAAAUACUUGCAAUAUGAGCUGAACGAUAUAAUCAGACUUUUCCAUGACAUAUGGAUUAAGAAUAUUAAAUAAGAAAUUAAUAAAAUCCCACAUGGAUUGGU